CGCAGCUCGGCAAUUACACCGCGGCGAAGAGGAGAGGACAAGGGGGGGGAGGAAAAAUGAUUAAUCUCUCAGCGGCGAAUUUGUGCUCGGGAUGAGAACGCGUUGACAUUCCGGCCGCCAUCACGAAGGCUGAAGGUGCAAUUAAUGCGAACGGGAUCGAGAUCAAGCCGAUGCACCGCCGUAGCAGGUGGCGCUUGUGUAAUCGUCCGCGCUCGUCUUUGCUGCCUGAUCUGCGCGUCGUUUCAGCACUGGACAGCGACCGGGACCGUCGGGCGCUGCGAACGCGGAGGGAAUCCUGAGGCGGGUCGGUGCGACCCUCGCUUGGCUCGGGGCAAUGAGCGGCUAGAUGACUUCACCAUCAACGAGCGCCGCCGUCUCCUGGACUAAUAAAGCAACGCCACAGCUCCCCUCCUCUUUCUUCAUUCGCUGAGCCCCCCCGCCCCGUCCCAAGGCACCAUGGGAAACCGGGGCAUGGAGGACCUGAUCCCGCUGGUCAACAAGCUGCAGGAUGCCUUCACCUCCAUCGGCCAGAGCUGCAACCUGGACCUGCCGCAGAUCGCGGUGGUCGGCGGCCAGAGCGCGGGGAAAAGCUCCGUGCUGGAAAACUUUGUAGGCAGGGACUUUCUGCCUCGUGGAUCUGGUAUCGUCACCCGCAGGCCCCUGGUUCUGCAGCUUAUCAACGCCUCGGCAGAAUGGGCGGAAUUCCUUCACUGCAAAGGGAAGAAGUUCACAGACUUCGACGAGGUUCGCCAGGAGAUCGAGGGGGAGACGGACCGCGUCACAGGGGCCAACAAAGGCAUAUCUCCCGUUCCCAUCAACCUGCGGGUUUACUCCCCUCAUGUGCUGAACCUGACUCUCAUCGACCUGCCCGGCAUCACCAAGGUGCCCGUUGGGGACCAGCCCGCAGACAUCGAGCAGCAGAUCCGGGACAUGAUCAUGCAGUUCAUCACCAGGGAGAGCUGCCUGAUCUUAGCCGUCACUCCCGCCAACACCGACCUGGCCAACUCCGAUGCCCUGAAGCUGGCGAAGGACGUGGACCCCCAGGGUCUGAGGACGAUCGGCGUGAUCACUAAGCUGGAUCUGAUGGACGAGGGCACGGACGCACGAGACGUGCUGGAGAACAAGCUGCUGCCGCUGCGAAGAGGUUACAUUGGCGUGGUGAAUCGCAGUCAGAAGGACAUCGACGGGAAGAAGGACAUCAAGAUGGCUCUGGAGGCAGAGAGGAAGUUCUUCCUGUCCCACCCGUCCUACAGGCACAUGGCCGAUAAGAUGGGCACCCCCCGGCUGCAGAGGGUGCUCAACCAGCAACUGACCAACCACAUCCGGGACACGCUGCCGGCGUUCCGCAGCAAGCUGCAGUCCCAGCUGCUGGCGCUGGACAAGGAGGCCGAGGAAUACCGGGGAUACCGACCCGAUGACCCGUCUCGCAAAACCAAGCAGCUGCUGCAGAUGGUGCAGCAGUUCUCGGUGGACUUCGAGAAGAGGAUCGAGGGCUCCGGGGACCAGGUGGACACGGUGGAGCUGUCCGGCGGGGCCAAGAUCAACCGCAUCUUCCACGAGCGCUUCCCCUUCGAGCUGGUCAAGAUGGAGUGCGACGAGAAGGAGAUGCGGCGCGAGAUCAGCUACGCCAUCAAGAACAUCCACGGUAUCAGGACUGGACUCUUCACCCCGGACAUGGCGUUCGAAGCCAUAGUGAAGAAGCAGAUCAUCAAGCUGAAGGAGCCUUGUGUGAAGUGUGUGGACAUGGUCAUCCAGGAGCUGAUCAACACCGUGCGCCAGUGCUCCAACAAGCUGGAGUGCUUCCCGAGGCUGCGCGAGGAAACAGAGAGGAUUGUAACGUCUCACAUCAGAGACAGAGAGAGUCGGGCCAAGGACCAGGUUCUUUUGUUGAUUGACAUCCAGCUGUCGUACAUCAACACCAACCACGAGGACUUCAUUGGCUUUGCAAACGCGCAGCAGAGGAGCAGUCAGACCAACAAGAGCCAGAGUUCAGCAGGAAACCAGGUCAUCCGUAAAGGCUGGCUGACCAUCAACAACAUCAGCAUCAUGAAGGGAGGAGCCAAGGAGUACUGGUUCGUGCUGACUGCGGAGAGUCUCUCAUGGUUCAAAGACGACGAGGAGAAGGAGAAGAAGUACAUGCUCCCGCUGGACAACCUGAAGGUCCGCGACGUGGAGAAGAGUUUCAUGUCCAGCAAACACAUAUUCUGCAUCUUCAACACAGAGUCAAGGAAUGUGUAUAAGGACAACCGCACGCUGGAGUUGGCCUGUGACUCUCAGGAUGAUGUGGACAGCUGGAAAUCUUCUCUCCUCCGAGCUGGAGUCUAUCCUGAAAAGACCAUUACGGUUGAGAGUGAGACGACCAGCACCUCAGACAACUUCUCCAUGGACCCUCAGCUGGAGCGUAAAGUGGAAACCAUCCGUAACCUGGUGGACUCCUACAUGGCUAUCGUGAACAAGUGCAUCCGCGACCUCAUACCUAAGACCGUCAUGCAUCUCAUGAUCGGCAAUGUCAAGGACUUCAUCAAUGCAGAGCUACUGGCCCAGCUGUAUUCUGCAGGAGACCAGAACGCCCUGAUGGACGAGUCCCAGGAGCAGGCUCAGAGGAGGGACGAGGUCCUGAGGACCCACCAGGCCCUGAAGGAGGCGCUGGCCAUCAUCGGCGAUAUCUCCACCUCCACCGUCACCGUUCCCCUGCCUCCGCCAGUGGACACAUCCUGGGUGGGAGGAGCGGGUGGUCGCAGGUCCCCUCCACCCAGCCCCACGGCCCCCAGAAGGAUGUCUUCAGGCCAGCGCCCGGCUCCCAGAGGGGCUCCACCGCCACCAAAUCGCCCAGGACCUCUGGGGCCUUUCAACAAUAGUGCAGAUAGCCCUCAGGCUCCCAGCCGCCCGAACCGGGCCCCUCCUAGCAUCCCAAGCCGGCGGCCCCCUCCCUCUCCUACAAGACAGGUCCCACCCUAAUCAUCUAAAGGGGGGUGCGUGCUUGUACCCUUAUCCCCCUCCCCUGACCUGCUCCAUCCCCCCCUCUCUUAGCCAUGGCUUCUGCUGUCCUGGUCUCUCCUUAGUGCAGACACUGAAGUCUCUGACACCCCCCCCCCCCUCAACUUCCUGCCAGGUGACGAUGUCCAUAUAUCUAUGUACAAUAUGGUACUUGUCUUGUGGUGUAUGUGUAUGUGUGCUUGCUGCUCGCCUGUGAUCCAGGUUUGCUUAGCAGAUCCACUACCAGUAUCAAUCCCUGGAACCUCUCUCCUACAAACCUCCCACCAGGCUAGCCACCACCACCCCACCCCCCCACUUGCUGCUUCUACAUGACAAUACGCUCAGCGGUCGUACUGCCCUACUCAUUCCAAAAUGCAGCAUGGCACAUAAGCUGCUUUUAUUGCAUGGGAGUAUGUGUAUGUAGAGUGUGUGUGUGUGCGUGGGUGUAUGUGUAAGGGGGUGGGACUAAUUUGCCUAUAUGUAGGCUGAGGUUGAUUUAGUAUGUAUUAAUUUACUCUGUAAUGCCCCCUAUAGUAAGUGUUAAUUAUCAGCUUAAUGUUCUCUUAGGAACAGAAGUUGUAUCAGUGUGUGUGAGUGUGUGUGUGUGUGUGUGUGUGUGUGUGUGUGUGUGUGUGUGUGUGUGUGUGUGUGUGUGUGUGUGUGCGCGCGCGCGCGCAUGUGAGAGGACACGUGUGCAUGAGCCGUCUGUCUGCACGUUUGUUGCUGUUUCAGUUGUGUUUGUUUUCAUGGUCAAAGCUGUUAAUGAUGAAUCAUUAAACCCUCCGGGGUAAAUUAAUUGUUGGACUUGUGUGAGUUGUUCCUGUGUUGUAGUAGCAGCCAUACACACAUAGCAAGGCUGAGGAGCACCUUCAAUAUUCUCUAUGGAAACAGCCUCAAUAAUGCAUUUAAUCUUGUCAUAGGUGUCCACCUGUGCUGUAUCAAUGGUCAAGUUGUGACCCAUGCAGCCUUAAGCUCAGAUUCAGAUGCUGGGGUGAGAUGGAACUUGACACACACAAAAAAAGUUAUUACCUAACAUGGUAAAAUGCAACCGCCACAGACAUUUAGCCUUUUUCUCAGGUUUGCAUCAUACAACUCCAUGCACGUCACACACUAGCCCUUAUUGUCUUUUCUCAUUUCUCCCAGAUUCUCCUCUCCUCCACAGCCAGAUAGUCAGCAUCUGCAUCAGAGCUUAAGGUGGUAUUGUCAGUGUAUCAAGUGCUUCUCUGUCCGUUUGUUAUUGUGUAUGUGGGCCCAAACUGUGUUCUGUUGUAUAUAGGUAAUGAUAAGGAGAUACUGUACCUGUGGACUAUGAAGAUCUCAUCAAAGAUCCUAGCGCUUUAAUUGUUCUCUAUGUCUCUAUUCACUAAAUGCUCUAUUCUCUCUCAUUUAGACUGCCUUACCGGCAUGGAUUACAAUUCUAUAUUGCCAAAGCUAAAUGUAAAAGAAGAGAAUUGUCGAAGUUGAAAAAAAAAGAAUCAGCUGAACAAGUAAACAACAAAAUGGCUCCAGCUGUAGUGAGAUGGUAUUAUUUAGCAGAGGGCAUAAUGUUAAACUGGGGGAAUUGCAUCAGUUGUUAUUUUUGGUGUCUCUGUAUCGCUCCUCAAUAAACUUCUUCCUCAUAAA